UACUACUGCUACUACUACUACGACAACCUGCCGAAUGUGGCUGAGUACUGUCAUAAUAACUACAUACAGUCAGGUGACGGCUCUCUGAAGGCGUUGGAGGAGACUAAGAACUUCACCACCCAAUCACUGGCCAGCGUCGCCUACCAGAUCACCACUCUGGCCAGUAGCGUGCUGAGUCUGCUGGACGCUCAAACCAAUCAGCUCCGUCACAUGGAGUCCUCCAUCAACCUCAUUGGUCAGACGGUGGAGAUGCACAAAGAGAAAGUUUCUCGUAGAGAGAUCGGCGUCUUCACGGCGGUGCGACGCGUCCCACGAAGCCACAAGAUCCUCCUUCCUCCUGCCGGGUCACAGCCCCGCCCACCUUACAGCCGCCGACCAAUCAAUUACCAGCAGCUGGACGGCCUUGGCCACGGCAUAAAAGUCUCUGGGAAACAGUCUGACCGAACAGGAACGAUCCGCAAACAUGGCGCCUCCACCAGGUCCACCAAACCUCCAGAAGCGGUGCAGUGCCCGGUGGCGCCCACUGUCAGCGGCUCUAGUUUCGGGAAACCCGUGGCUCCGCCCACCAUCCCCACCACCUGUCAGGCUCCACCUGAUGGUGACACCAUCACCACGCUGCUCGACGAAGCCCCGCCUCCUCCUCCUACGGCGAAUGAGAUGUCAGCACAGGAGGAUGAGGUUGCUGACACCUCGACCCCUCCACCUCCUCCUGAUUCGUCAGGAGAGACGGUGGCUCUGCUCCCUCCUCCCCCUCCUUCAGAGGCUCUGACCAAUUACAGCGCUCCUCCACAGGCUCCGCCCCUCUGCCUCGAGACAGUGGUGGAAGAGAGCAGCUUCCCCCCUCCAUCUCCCCCUCCUCCCUCUGAUGAUGACGGCUUCCCUCCUCUGCCCAAUGAGGCCUCAGAGCUGCCAGCCCCGCCCCCUCCACCUCCACCCAACCAGGAAGUAGAGGUGACCCUUCCGCCCAGGAGGAGUCACCGCCGUCACUCGCCCCCUACCACUUGCUCUCUCUCUCUGAGGGUUCGCUCUGGCCCCGCCUCCCGCAGCAGUUCUAUGCGCUCUCUCUUCCUACCUGCUGUCCAAUCACUGAUGAUCCCCCCUCCUCCCCCCUACCCUCCCCCCCAUGCUCCUCCCUCCUCAUCCUCCUCCACCCUGCUGCCACGCUCCUCUUCCUCAUCUCGACUUUGCUUACCUGCUCGCCUCGAACACCUGGAUCUAGAACUCCCAGCCACGUCCCCUCCUCUCCUAUUGGACGAUGAGGGUGGUUUUGAUGACCUUAUGCCGCCCCUCCCUCCACCUGUGGACUAUGACUCAGACGCCCCCGAACAAUACCUGGAGAAAGUGGAGGCGCUCUACAGCUACGAGGCCUCCAAACCCGACGACCUGUCGCUCACGGAGGGCGACGUCGUCUACUUGCUUCAUCGCCAUGACGACGGCUGGUGUGAGGGAUUUCUCCACGGCAACAGGGGCUUCUUCCCUGGAAACUACGUCCAAUCACAGAGCAGGACUGAAGCCCCGCCUCCAGUUCACACCUGAGUAUUUCCAUACAAACAGGAUUUGUAAUAACUAAUUUUACUAUUAAUGAGAAUUCCAUAUGCAAAUAUAGAGUUUCUCAAAGUCACAGUAGAGACAGACAGACAGACACACAGAAACGCAGACAGACAAACACAGACACACAGACAGACAAAAACACACA